AUGUUCAGGGUCACGGUGCUGGGGAGGGACCCCUGCAAGCCCUCAGCUGUGGCCUUCUUGGUCAAGCAGAUGUGGGGAACUUCCCAAGGUCAUGCAGCAAGGCCAGCACGAUGGUGCUCCCAGCGUUCCUGCACCCAGAGAAGUCAGAAUGAGGCAGGCCAGGUCUCCAAGUCAGAGGGCACCAGGCAAUCUCCCAUCAACAUCCAGCGGAGGGACAGUGUCUACGACCCCCAUCUGCAGCCGCUCAGAGUGUCCUAUGACCCCGCGUCCUGUCGGUGCAUCUGGAACACCGGCUACUUCUUCCAGGUAGAAUUUGACGAUGCUGCUGAGCAGUCAGGGAUCAGCGGGGGGCCUUUGGAAAACCACUACAGACUGAGGCAGUUCCACUUCCACUGGGGAGCAGUGGACGAGCGGGGCUCAGAGCACACGGUGGACGGCCACGUGUACCCGGCCGAGCUGCACCUGGUUCACUGGAACGCUGUGAAGUACCCAGCUUACGAGGAAGCUGUCCUGGGGGAGAAGGGCCUGGCCGUGCUGGCCGUGUUCCUGCAGGUGGGGGCCCGCCACGAGGCCCUGCAGAGGCUGGUGGACGUCUUGCCAGAAAUAAAGCACAAGGACAUGCGGGCGGCCAUGGGCCCCUUCAGCCCCUCCUGUCUGCUGCCUGCCUGCCAGGAUUACUGGACCUACUCGGGCUCCCUCACCACCCCGCCCCUGGCAGAAUCUGUCACCUGGAUCAUCCAGAAGCAGCCCGUCGAGGUGGCUGCAAGCCAGGUCUCCGCCUUCCGGGAGCUCCUGUUCUCCCCGCUCGGUGAAGAGGAGGAGAUCAUGGUGGACAACUGUCGCCGACGCCAGCCCCUGAUGGGCCGGAGGGUCCGCUCGUCCUUCAGGCCACUGAAGUGGGGAUGA